UUAAUAGAAUUCAAGAGGAGUAACCUCAUAAUAUCUAAUAAAAAUUGCUUGACUUACAUACUACAUAUAAUAUACCAUGUACAAACAAAGUAUUAGGAGGUUAGCAACUGAAGUUAACAUCCCAACUACUGUCAGUAAGACUCCAUCAUUCAAUAUCGCAAGCCCACCAAAAUACACAUUAGCAUCUUUACGUUCAUUUCCAUCAUUGGAACCUCAUACCUUCAUCCCAUUACCUAAUGAUUUCUUAAAUGCACCAUCCAGAAGAGAUUUCUUAUGGAGUGCGGUAGUUUUUGAAGCUGAUAGAGCCAGAGUGGGAUCAGGAAAUGCUCCAACUAGAUCAGAUAAACCAUUUUCAAAUAGAAAGUUACGUCCUCAAAAGGGUUCUGGUAGAGCUAGACUUGGUGAUGCCAACUCUCCACAUAUGGAUAAUGGACUUAAGGCACAUGGUAUCAAGGCUCCUCAUGACUGGUCAACUGAAUUGCCAAGUAAGUUAUAUAGUAAAGCAUUUCAAACUGCCUUUAGUGAACAAUAUAAGAAUGGGAAGUUGUUUAUUAUUGGAAAAGAUCAAACCAAAGAAACGGCUAUUAAUGAGAAUGAUACUGAUAUAUUAGAGUUUGAAUAUGACUAUCCAAGUGCAACAGAACAAUUCGUAGAGGCUCAUGAAUUAGAGAAAUUAAACUUGUUAUUUAUAACUAAUGAUCAAAGAACUAAUUUAUUAAAUUCUACCGAAGCAAUCGGUAAAAAAGCCAGUGUUAUAAUUAAAGAGGAAGUUGAAGUUAGAGACAUUUUAAGAGCCAAUCGUAUCUAUAUUGAAUUGCCUGCAUUGCAAUGGUUCAUUGGUAGACAUACGGUUGUAUAAGCUGAAAAUUGUAUAUAAGUUCAUUUGAACUGAGCAUGCAUCUAAAUAGCAACUAAUUAAUACAUGUAUAUAUUAAAUCGAACUAUUAAUAGAAUCCCUUUGGAUCAAAUCUAUAUAACGAAAUGAAUCUGUUUAGUUAAUACUAUUAUUGCUGCCAUAUUGCACGUGCACCGAGAUAGGGCUCCAGACCUUGUUGUUUGUACAGGAUAUUUUGUUUUGUAUCGAAUAUAUUGUGCGGCUCAAUGAACAAAAGAACUAAGUAUUUGUGUUAGGAAAGAUGCUUAACUAUGGGAGUGCGAUCGUUAACUAUGAUACUCUC